AAAAUAACAGGUAUUACUUGAUAAGUUAAUUAUCGAUUAAAUUGAUCGGAGCUCAUAAUUAUUCUAAUCAAACCCCAAUUAACUUGAUCGACAAGAUUAAACUGAAUCAAAGUCGAUCUUAGCUACAGAUAUAUAGGAGCGUGACGCAUCACGUCAAGCAUGACGAUGGAAGAUGACGGCAAAAAGGCAGAAGAAAUAGAAAUGUUGCGGGAGAUCCAAUUUAUCACCGGAAGUAGAUACGAAGGAAUGUGGGAUGCAAUCGACAAGGCAGGCGUCGGCAGAUACAUCACGCCAUGCAAACUCGUAGUAGAGGGAAAAUUUCGAGACGGUACGUUUCACGGUCACGGAAGCAUAUAUUGGCCACGUGGACAAAGAAUGGAUUGUACCUGGUUUCGCGGAGAAAUAGUACAAAUGCGCUAUACGUUCGCGGAUGGUUUAUCAUAUCGAGAAAGCGGAUGGGAUUAUUGCGUAUUUCCCGACAGGCGAUUCUAUAAUUGCAUAGUGAACGGACUGAGACCAGCCGGAGAAGUGCUGAAAACUAACGAUCAGCCUACUAAGAUUAUUCCGCCAUUCUGCUACGAUACCGGCGCUGGGAUAUUUGACCCAGACAAAAAUUGCAUAACAUCGUAUCAUAAUUGUAAAAAAAUAUUGAAGAUUCCAACAACGGAAGAAAUAGCUUGGAUAAAACAAAAUUGCCGAAAAAGUUGGUCAGAGCCGACUGGUCAUCGUGAAUGGUUGCUCGAAUAUUGGCACUCGGGAGCGGCGGACUUUGCAACGUUACCGCCAACCAACGAAGCGGAAAAUUGGUGGCAGAGGUAAAAAAAUGCAAAUACUU